UAGUUGGAUGAGCGUGUCUUCUGGUAAAUGUUGUACGAUAAAAUCUCACAAAUUUCAAUUUUCUCCGAAAGCAUAGAGAAAGUGACGAGACGAAAGAGAAUUCAUUUCUCUUCUGAUCUCUCUUUUCUUUUUCUAUUCUUCUAUAUACAAUGUAAUUCAGGUUCGGAAGAGAAGCAAGAAGUUUUUAAGACUGAACCAAGAUGCUCCUUUGAAGACAGUGGUUCAUCUUUCAAGUACAUGCCAAGUUCCAAACUCAAGUAAUUGUCAUCAAUAGCGAUUUAAGUUGCCCCCUGAUAUGUGGAGAUCUAUUUCAAAUGCCAUCACAAGCUUUGGACAGAAGAAGGAAUGUGGUACGCCCAGUCAAGCUUGCCGCGAAUUCUCAGAUGACGAUGAUGCCUAUUCUAAUGCCAGCAGCGAGGAAGAAGGGCUUGAAUGCCCAAUAUGCUGGGAGUCUUUUAACAUUGUCGAAAACAUCCCCUAUGUCUUGUGGUGUGGUCACACACUUUGCAAGCACUGUCUGUUGGGGCUUAAAUCAGCUUCUUGGAAGUUCUCCACUCAACAGGUCCAGAUUCCAUUAUUCAUUUCCUGCCCAUGGUGCAAUAUGCUGACAUUUCGGUUGGCGUUGAGCGGGAAUCUCAAAUCUCCUAGCAAGAAUUUCUUCCUCCUCUGGAUGGUGGAAAGCAAAAAUGGUGACAGGGGGAAAUCUCCAUCUACCAUAUGUAGGGAUCAUCAACAAGAAAUGCCCGUCCGGUGCACUUCAGUUACGGGGAACAACACCUCUGUCAUGAAUUAUAGGAGGGUUCGUCGUCUAGGAUCUCCAGGAUCGAGCAACAGUAGUUAUAACCAUACUAGUGGUACACCUGCAUCCCAGAGGGCCCACUCUUCUCUUCACAAGUCCCUCGAUCUCUUUAUCCGCAUUACAUCCAAGUUUCCGUUAGUUCUCGUGCUUCUUCUGCUUGUUAUGUUUGCAAUACCUUCGUGUGCAGCCGUCCUAGCGCUCUACUUACUGAUCACAAUUCUCUUUGGACUCCCAUCUUUCCUAGUAUUGUACUUUGCCUAUCCUGCUUUAGAGUGGCUGAUCAAAGAGAUCACAACUUGAAAUGUUUCUCUUUCAAUUUGUUUGAGAGCUCUCUCAUAUCAAGGAUGGUGAAAGUUUCUUGUUUCAUGAGAGGUCUAAGACCUUAGGGCUCGUUUGGUAUGAGGGAUAACUAAUCUCGGGAUUUAUUAUGGAAUGAGUUCAUUCAAGUUUGGUUGGGAUAAAUUGCAGGAUAACUUAUCCCGGGAUUGUAGUGUUAUUUUUGUCCCACAUUGAGGGUAGGAUAACAAUCAUGGGAUAACUUGUUCCCCAACCUAAGGAGCCCUUAGUUUUUCUAGUCUCAAUAUGUAGCUACUAUUAUAUUCUUUUUCCUACCAAAAUUGGAAACCCUACCUUAAAGAAGCUUAGAUAAGUCAGCUUGGUUUUUGAAUAGAGUUUAGAUCGUGAUGAUUAGAAGAAUUUGCCUCAAUAACAAAACAUGGUUCCUCUA